AUGCAAGAAAACGGCAGAGACUUUAAAGCCCUCCAGGGCGUCAACGCUGCAAACGAGUACGCCGUGGGAGUGGAAUUUAUCCAGCACAACAAGGAGUCUUUUCUCAAAAACAUCUCCCAAGAGAACCCAGUCUUUAAAAGGAGCACAAUUUUCCAGGAGAUGGCGACGUAUUUCGUGCUCCCCCUUAUAAGAGACGCAUUCCUAUGGGUUUUUGAGUUUAUCCGAAACCUCAUCCACAUCGGAUUUAUGGAGUACCUGUACUUUUUCAGCUUCUUCGUCUACACGUCCACAUACAGCAUCUACAGCGAAAGCUUCCACACUCUGCGCUACACGCAAAGAAUGCUGUGCGAUAUUUUCACGUUUUCCCCGCUUAUAUGCGCCCAAAUAGUUCACACGUGGUGCAACUACGAGGGAUUUAUGUAUCCCCUCGCAUACGGUUCCUUCUGCAUGAUGGUUGUCGUGGGGCCUCGCCUCUCGCUGCACACAAUGGACAUUAUACGGGACAAAAUACCGUUUUUCAGGUCCAAAAACUCAGACGAAAUCAUGUACGGAAUUGCUGCAGGAUUUUCCCUUUUCUAUGGGAUUACCAUAGCCGUCCUUCUAUACACAGACUAUUACUGCCCAAUCUCCCUUCUCGUGUGGUCUGGGAAAAUAACGGAUCUCUACAUAAGAGAGUGUUUUGCCGGAAUUAUCUCUUUUUCUGCUAUCAGAGCAUUCUUCCUCUACACUGAAGUAGUUCUCGACAAGGCCCCGUACCGAAAGAAGAACCUGCUGCUUUCCGAGCGAGAUGUUUUCCGCGUGAAGUCUUCUCUUAUGCUGAUUAUGAUGUAUUUCCUGGUCCUGCUGGGCUCCGGUGCCUUUAUAUACACGUACUACUCUUUCAAACUCGCUGCAGAGGAUACCUCCAUUGUCGAAGACAUUCAGUGCAUAAGCUACGUUACAAAAGGCGUGAUGUGUGAUCCGCUUCUGGUGAUUUUGGACAUAAGCAGGGCUAGUUUGGUCAGUGUGUGGGAGAUCGCAAAGGAGAAGCUGGUUGUCGUAGGGGAUUUCCUAAAAAAGCACGUUAUGCGCCCAUUGGCAGGGAAUUACUAUUUGCCCGAUGGAACUUUGGUUCGAACUCCGCGAUUAAACUUCUACGCGGGCCUUUAG